AUGUUUCAUUUUUCCCCCAUACUCAGGUUGGUCCGGUGGGUGUACCUUAUCUCUGAAAGACCCGCUCACCGUGUAUGCCGAGCCUCGAAACCUGUUGCGUCUCAUACAGUCUUGAUUGCGUUCGCGUCGCUUCAAAGCUGGGUGUUUUUUAUUUGGAUAACAUGUUCAAAGGUCAUUUCCAUCCCCAGCCCAUGUCCUAAUACGGCCAUUACAGGCUUUGACUCAACCUCUUAUAUCAUAUCCACCACGUCCUUUUCGCUUUCCUUCCACAACUACAACUGA